GCGGGUCAUUUAUGUAAUCAAACCUACAGCUGAUAUUCAUCCCGCAACACCAUUGGUAUUUCAAUGCGGAACAGCCGCCAACAGGGUGACGUAUCCUAUCCGCACUCUCGGUGCUAAGCCCUAGCUGUACCUCCAAGUUUAUACCGAGUUCAUUCCUUUGUCCUUUGUCCUUCAUCUUCAAGCUUCGUUCCCGUAUCUCGAUUUUAAGUAACUCCCUCUCUAGCUAUCCGAGAACUAGAUAUCAUUCCUCCCUACUUUACAUUUAAUAUAUGAUUCAGAAAUGCCCUGUUCAUCAAAUUAGCGAUCGGAAACCCUAUCCAAAGCUAUAGCUCUUCAUGGAGAAUUUAGCUAACUUACUGACGUUGCGACACAUAGUCGCGGCAGUCAUCACAUAUCUUGCAAGUUUUGUCCUUUAUCGCCUGUUCCUACAUCCCCUUGCUCGGUUUCCGGGCCCAAAAUUAGCAGCGAUCACAAGAUGGUACGAAGGAUACUACGAUAUUAUCCAGAAUGGCCAUUAUACAUUCAAAAUCGCGGAGUUACACAAAGAAUACGGCCCUAUUAUCCGGAUCAGCCCAUACGAACUCCAUGUGAAUGACCCAGCAUUUUUCGAACAGCUCUACCGCCAAGAUGGACGUUGGCAUAAGUAUAGUUGGGCUAUGGACGCAUUUGGGGCUAAGGGUGCAACUCUGUUUACAGUAGACCACGAGCUCCACAAGAGUCGCCGUCAACCCCUGGGCCCAUUUUUCUCCAAGGCGAAGGUUGCCAGUCGGCAGGAUCUGAUCCAUAGACAUUUACUCAAGUUUUGCGGUCGGAUUUCUAAAUUCGCCAAUUCAGGAGAGACCUUCAACCUAGGCGCUGCUGCCACGGCAAUCACCCGAGACGUUGCUAAUGAAUUCAUAUUGAACAAGAGUUACAACAGCCUUGACCGGGAGGACUUUGACAUAACAAUGCUUACUGCUAGUCAAGGAUCCGGUCAAAUAUGGCGGCCCUCUAAGCAUAUACCAGUGAUUACCAAAAUCUUCAAAGCGAUACCGAUUGACUGGAUUAUAAAAAAUGCAGGCGAUGAUAUGAAGGAGUUUUUUCUUUAUUUAAAGGAAACCAUGCAAGAUACUAAGAAUCUAAUGGCGGCCGCAACUUCACCUAUCUCAGACCAGGACAAGGACCAGGAAUACCAGCGUACUAUAGUUAACGGUAUUCUAGAUUCCAAGCUUCCAUCCUCUGAGAAGUCCGUCGAAAGGGUAUUUGACGAUGUAUCAACCGUCGCCGGUGCAGGAUUCGAGACGACUGCUAGCGUUCUUCGACUCGUCUUCUUUCACGUGUUUGACAAUCCCGAUAUUCUCAAGCAGCUUCGAACUGAGCUCACUUCGAUCAAUGCGGAUCCAAGCGAGGUAGAAAUAAAGACUCUGGAGCAACUGCCAUAUCUAACGUCGACAUUGAUGGAAGGCCUGCGACUAAGCCCGGCGAUUGCCACACGCAUGGCACGCAUUUCCACCGACAAGGAUCUCUUCUACGGUAAUUGGCGGAUACCGAUCGGAACACCUGUUGGGAUGACGACGAUAUUGAUGCACACGGAUGAGACGCUCUAUCCAGACCCCAAGAGAUUCAACCCUGAUCGGUGGAUGGAUCCGGAAUCUCGAAAGAUGGUCGACAAGACAUUCGCCCCUUUCUCAAGAGGGACGAGGAAUUGCCUCGGAAUGCAUCUAGCGUGGGCUGAAUUAUACGUCAUCGUCGCCACGAUCGCUUAUCGCUACAACUUCAAAUUCCAGGGCGCAACAGCCGAGGAUUUCGAGUGUAUUAGCGACCAGUUUGCUAUUGGAACCAAGGGCAGGGGCAACUUGAACGCUACUGUCUCCAUUCGUGAAAUGUAAAACUGUAAGAAAGUUGUGGUUUAGUUGAGGGAAUUGCUGUACUUCUACGCAAAUUUGACUAAGUACCUAGGUAGACAUAUUC